UGGUCAGGUGUGGCCGGUGACAGCGUUUGAUUCCCAGAGGAGUCAGCGACACGGCCCCCCAGCCCCUCCUCUCUCAGGUCAGAUCUCUGAAGCGACAGAGGGGGGAGUGGAAGACGGCUUCAGGGAGGAGGACGACAAAGGCAGACCUCGACGAUACUUCAGGUGUUGACCCGAGUGAGGUGAGGAGGAUAAGCUCCGCCCCUCACCAUGACAGACUUAGAGAGCGAGUGUUUGAGUCUUGGUCUGCCCCCUGACUGCAGCUCCCCUCCCCCACCCCUGGACCCCUCACUGCAAACAGAUUGCGACCCCGGGGCCGGCGACUCUGCCCCAACGCCAUCUCUGGCUCUCCUCUCCUCCGACUGCCCGACGCCCACACUCAACUCACUGGCGGCGGAAAUCGCAGAGCCUCUAGUGAUGCUGCCGUGUGUGAAGAGCGAGCCGGAGGACGGAGACCUGGAGCCCAUCAGGACCGUGGACCUGUCGGAGAUCCAGUCGCUGUCCACCGCAGAACUGGGCCAGGACCAGAUCAAGAUGGAGAUCAGCGGCCUCGACUACAUCAAGUCCGAGCAUCACGGUCUCCACGGCAACCACCAACUGGGCCCGUUUCACCACAGCGACGUCACAGAGCUGGACUACAAGUCGCACUAUGAGCCCAGCUCUGUGUUUGACUACAUCUCCCAGGUGACGGACACUCUGGAGUACAUUAAGUCGGACCACCAUGUGGACCUGCAGUGUUACUACACCACAGAGCUGAGCUCCCUGAAAUCGGAGUACCCAGAAUCCAACGCCAUGUCCACCUACCUGCAGCACAACGGCCUGGAGUCCAUCCACAUGGCUGAGCUCCGCACCGAGCUCAACAAGCUCCGCCCUGACACCCUGCUCAUGGACGGCAUUGGCAAACUGGACCCUGAGUUUGGAGGUGGGGCGCUGUACGAGCUACAGCCGACAGAGGACGGGAAGGCGUCUGCAGAGGCGACGGGGACCGGGCAGACGGGAGGGAAACUGGUCAUCACAACCAAAUCCCAGAGUCCAACGGUGCGAAAACCUCGUAACAUGCAGGGGGAGAAGCCUUUCUCCUGCACACAAUGUGGGAAGAACUUCAGCACGCUAGGAAACCUGAAAACCCACCAACGCAUCCACACCGGGGAGCGCCCGUACACUUGCUCGCAGUGCGGCAAGAGCUUCGGCCAGGCGGGAAACCUCAAGCGACACCAGCUAAUCCACACGGGCCAGAAGCCGUACGUAUGCGCUCACUGCCCCAAAGGCUUCACCAAGGCUGACGACCUGCGGUCACACCAGCGGCUGCACACUGGCGAACGCCCGUUCAUCUGCGUCACCUGCGGGAAGAGCUUUGGCCAGUCGAAGGAGCUGAAGGCUCACCAGCUGAGCCACACGGGCGAGAGGCCGUACUGCUGCCAACACUGCGGCAAGAGCUUCACCAAGGAGACUAGCUACCGCAACCACGUGCAGAUCCACACAGGCGAGAAGCCCUUCACCUGCUCACAGUGCGGAAAGACUUUCAGCAACUCCGGCGUGUUAAAAACCCACGAGAAGAUCCACACGGGAGAGCGGCCGUUCGGCUGCACGCAGUGCGGCAAGAGCUUCGGUCGCCUCGGCCACCUGAAGGCACACCAGCAGAUCCACACGGGCGAGCGGCCGUACGCCUGCCCUCAGUGUGGGAAGACUUUCAGCCAGUCGGGUCAUCUCAAAGCACACGAGCAGAUCCACAAACGAGAACAAGCGGACACGGCCAGCAGCAGCAGCAGCAGCAGCAGCAGCAGCAGCAGCAGCACCGUGGGCAGUGACAGUAGCUAAGAGAAUGUCCGUACCCUUUAACCUCGCGGAAAACAAAGUAUUAUUCCUUUUUUUUAUAAAUACUAUCUAUACAUUUUUUUCCUUAUGAAUUUUUCUUACAUUUUAAUACCUUUUGUGCUCUUUAUAUAUGUGGCAGGGUGGACCGACUGAUUUGCUCUUAUGCAAGUGUCCGUGUGUGUCCGUGUGUGCGUGCGUGCGUGUGUGUGUGUGCGCGUGUUAUGUACUGUGUCUGUGGGCGACUGAGUAACUGAGGGGUUUGUAGAUAAUCUGUAAACUGGUCAGAGUGAUCUCUGUCUCUCUCUUUCUCAGUACUUAUUUUUCAAGUACUUCACUGAAACAGAAGCACAAACACGUCUGAGGUUCAGAAACUUCCUUUUAUGAAACUGAGCGAAACCUCGUUCACUGUGAAUGAUCCAGAGUUUCACAAAGUGUUACUUGUUCACACCUGCUGUUGUCUCAUCUGACGUUUCGUCUACACGGUUACAUAUAGUUUAAAACUCAUCACUGUUGCUAUGGUUACAUCUGGAGUUCUCCAGCCUCUGAAUCAGAGACUCGUGUGAACUGAUCUCGUUUUAUUUUGAAAACUCUGGUUUUGUGUUUUAGUCUGAACACAAACUGAGACUUUAGUAAACGUUGAUGCCUCUCUCUUCUGAUUGGUUCUC